UGAUCGCCUUGCGUGCGAAUCCAAGCAGUUUUACGUAGAGCAGCAAAUUGAGCCUCCUGCACUUGCGCUACUACCGUCGUUGAAAGCUUGAAGAGCGCCGAUCCUACACGCUUACGAGACGUUGCUCGCUUCCUGCCAUUUCCUCUGGGCGGAGCAAAUGAUGACUAAAGGCACGGGGCACGAGCGUCCCCUGGAUAUUGUCAUACUGGGAGGAGGCAUAGCGGGUCUAGCAACGGCUGUGGCACUGAGGCAAAGGACUCCUCACCACGUCACUGUGUUAGAACGAGCUGCGCUGCAAGGUUGCUCGAACCAUUCAAGAAGGACAGUGGAAGACGACGGCGCUCCUCCGAGCGAGACACAGCAUCUAGACACAGAUUAUGGUAUUGCAUUGGCGCCCAACGGAUCAUACAUACUUGGAUUGUUGGGAAUGAAGGACCACGCGCGAGAGCUUCGAGGAAUCCAGCUCAAUUACUGGGCUCUGCGGCCCGCCAGCGACGAGGAAGUUCCUGCCUCACAAUUUCCGACAGACCCUCUCGCGCCUGCCAUCUUCUGUAGCAGAGGCGCCCUGAUACGAUGGCUAAUCAAAGCAGCAACGGAUGAGUCCUUGCCUGGCACGCCAGUCACGAUAGAAAGUGGUCUCGGAAGCCUCAAAAUUGAUAUUCGGUCAGCCAAAGCUGGCUCAAAGUCGGGCGACCUUCUUAUACUGGCGGAUGGUCUCACCAAGACCGGCCGAGCCGCAGUGCUGGCAAAUCAAGGGCUGCCGCCUGAACACUGGGAAGACGCUUACAUCACAGCGCCUCAAGUGGCUUACAUGGGCCUGCUUCCAGUCUCUGCCCUAAGCAAGCACUCUCAUCUGCUGAUGGAUGGCAAACUCCAGCUACAACCCAACGGAACCUUGAUGAAUUGGACUUGGGAUCCCGCAGACGAGGAAGGCAACGUCGAGGAAGAUCCGAUGCGGAGGGCAGCCAAGCAGCAGCGCUUAAUCCUCUAUCCGAUCUCGAAGGAGCAUGUCCAGCUGUUUGCCUACCUUCCGAGCACGCCAGAGUUACUGGCCAGAUUCCAGCGUGGCGCACGCGGAGGCCGCGCUGCGUUCAUCCGUAAUGUCUCCUCUGAAGAGGCGGCGCACCAUUUUGCCGCAUUUGCGCCAAAUGUAAGGGAGCUUUUGACUGCAUGCCCCAAGCUUGACUUGGCGCAGAUCAGGGAUGCCCCCACACUAGCCUCAUGGCAUUCCAAUGAUGCGAGAGCGGUCAUCAUCGGAGACGCGGCCCACGCUGCUCUCCCGCAUACUGGACAAGGAAGCUCGCAAGCCCUAGAGGACGCGGAUGCCUUGUCUCAUCUUCUCCGCCCGCUUCGAGCAGCCACGAGCACCUGUCCCGAGGAGUCAGAGAUUCUCGUCCCGCAACUCGCUGCCGCAUUGAAGACUUUUGAUUCGGUAAGAUUACCUCGGGCUCACUUGACGCAGCGGAUAGCUAGGUUGUUCAAUGGUUGCAUCGAUCCUGCUGAGCUGCAGCAGAUGGACUGCUUCGACUUUGAAGAGUACAACGUGCGCGUAAUGUCGUAUCGCGGAGUCGAGGCCCAUCUUGCCCAGAACCCAGCUUGAACCGUGCGCCAAGUAAUGCUCAUAUUUAU